UACCUGUCACGUGACCUGAGAUCCAAAAUGGCCGCCAUGGUGUUUUGACGAAUAAUACUUUUGUGUUUGUUUCAUUCUUUAAAGAAAUCGGCUAUAAAAUCUUAACAAUUGCGGGAGAGCACAUAGCUAUACGAUUAAUGUUUUAAUUUAAGAGCGCCAAACGGACAAUCACGGUGUAUUGUUAUUUGUUGUAUUGUUUUAUACUAUGCACUUUUGGGGUUUGUGAGGCAGCUAGCUAGUUAGCUAGCAAAAUUAUUUUAGGUACAAAAUUAAAAGAAAAGCGAUGGAAGAGCUCAGCGCCGACGAGAUUCGGAGAAGGCGGCUGGCCCGGUUAGCUGGAGGACCGACGUCUCAGCCAACCACCCCUCUGAGCACGCCGCUGACGUCACCACAGAGAGAAACCCCUCCAGGUCCACUGCCCGGGCCUUCCGGGGCCUCAUCACAGUCUCUGCCACCAGCACCAUCUCAUUCUCUGGGUCUGAACGCCCAAAAUGUCACACCUGCCACUUCCCCAGUGGGGGCUUCGGGGGUGGCUUAUCGCAGCCAGAGCAGCGAGGGAGUCAGCUCUCUCUCCAGCUCCCCAUCCAACAGCCUUGAGACACAGUCUCAAUCCCUGUCCCGCUCCCAAAGCAUGGACAUCGAUACAGCAUCCUGCGAAAAGAACAUGUCCCAGGUGGAUGUGGACUCAGGAAUUGAGAACAUGGAAGUAGAGGAUAGUGACCGCAGGGAGAAACGCAACCUGACUGAGAAGGACUCAUCAUCUAACCAAGAUGUCUCUGAAGAGCAGGCUCUGCAGCUCAUCUGCAAAAUUCUCCGUGUCUCCUGGAAGGAGCAAGACCGCGAUGUCAUCUUUCUGCCCUCACUUGCUGCAGAGUUUCAGCAAAAUCCAAAAGAUGUCUAUUCUGACUUCAAAGACCUGAUUGGCCAGAUCUUGAUGGAAGUUCUUAUGAUGUCUACCCAAUCACGUGACUGCAACCCCUUCGCUAGCCUGACAGCCACAUCACAGCCAAUCACUGCUGCCAAAUCUCCAGACCGCCACCUGACACUGGUCCCACCCUCCAGCCAGGGAAACAGUCCCAUGAUGCCCUGUGGAGGGUCAUUUGGUGCCAGCUCGCUGUCUAGUCUGUAUGGAUGUAGUCCAUACCUUGGGCAAAAUUCUGCCAGGAUGAGUGCUCCAUCUGUACUCACACCCUUACCUCCGCCUUCACUUCCACCUCCCUCUGUUGUUUCACCCUCACCUCCACCUGCAUCUUCAACUGCGCAUCAGCUUUCUCCCAGUCCAUCAGCGCCACAACUUGGUCCACCCUUUCCAACCCCAUCUGCCCCCCUGCCUAUCUCUCAGAGAGAUAGACCAUACUCGCUCAGCUCCUCUCAGGGCUCCUCCUUCCCUAUGAGCUUAAGCCCCAGAUCUGGCUUCUCUCCUCCUACCCAUGCUCCAUCCACACCCUUGACUCCCCAGCCGACUCCUCUGCCAUCCCCUAGACACCACACUCUCCAAACACCUGCCCUAGUUCCCAUUGUGCCUGGCUCUCCCACUACUACAGCCAGAAGAACUGCCGUGGCCUCCUGGAUGCCCUCUAGCCCCUUCCCGCUCCCUUUCUUUGCCCUUUCUCAAGACAGCAGUGAUGAAGAGCUGGAGGAAGAGGAGGAGGAGGAUUUUUCUGGGGUUCAUUUUGGGUCAAGCCUGGGUGCGUCUGGCGGUGGAUUGGCUGGUGAUUCAGGCAGUGACCGCUUUACCAUCGAGGCGUGUAAGGAGACUGAGAUGCUGAACUACCUCAUCGAGCGCUUUGACAGUGUGGGCAUGGAGGAGAGGAAGGCUCCCAAGAUGUGCAGUCAGCCGAUGGUCAGUCAGCUGCUCAGCAACAUACGCUCCCAGUGUAUUUCCCAUGCUGCUCUUGUGCUGCAGGGGGCCCUUACCCUGCCCAGGGCCCCACUGCAGCCCUCCCUGCUGGUGCCCUACAUGCUGUGCCGGAACCUUCCGUACGGCUUUAUCCAGGAGCUGGUGCGCAUGACUCACCAGGAGGAGGAAGUGUAUAAACAGAUCUUUGUCCCAAUUCUCCAAGGGCUUGUGUUAGCUGUGAAAGAGUGUUCCUUUGACAGUGACAACUUUAAGUAUCCUCUGAUGGCUUUAUCUGAGCUUUGUGAAAUUAAGUUUGGAAAGGCACACCCUGUGUGCACUUUGGUCACCUCUCUGCCACUGUGGUGUCCUGAUCCUUUAAGCCCUGGGGCAGGCAGAGAGAUUCAAAGACUCUCAUUCCUUGGCGCCUUCUUCAGUCUUUCUGUCUUCGCAGAAGAUGAUACAAAAGUGGGAGACAAAUACUUCUCAGGCCCUGCUAUUACUAUGGAGAAUACGCGUGUGGUCAGUCAGUCCCUACAACAUUACCUGGAGUCUGCCAGGGGUGACCUGUUUAAAAUCCUUCACAACAUCUUGCUGAACGGAGAAACGAGGGAGGCUGCUCUCAGCUACAUGGCAGCUGUGGUGAAUCGUAAUGUGAAGAAGGCUCAGAUGCAGACAGAUGAUAAACUGGUGUCCACAGACGGCUUCAUGCUGAACUUCCUGUGGGUGCUGCAGCAGCUGAGUAUGAAGAUUAAGCUAGAGACAGUGGAUCCCCUCUACAUCUUCCACCACAAGUGUCGGCUGAACGUGAGCCUCGAGGAGACCCGGCUUAAAUCGAGCCUGGAGGAACUGAAGAGUUGGCUUGCAGAGCUCCAUGUAGGCCCCUCCAAGUUUUCAGAGCCCAAAUUCCCUACGGAAUGUUUCUUCCUGACACUACAUGCACACCACCUGUCCAUCUUGCCUGGAUGCCGUCGUUAUAUUCGCAGACUAAGAGCCAUCAGAGAUCUGAACAGAACUGUAGAGGAGCUGAAAAACAGUGAGAGCCAAUGGAAAGACUCCCCUUUGGCCACUCGUCACAGAGAAAUGUUGAAGAGAUGCAAAACCCAGCUGAAGAAAUUGGUACGUUCCAAGGCUUGUGCUGAUGCCGGCCUGCUGGACGAGAAUCUACUGCGCAGAUGUCUCCAGUUCUACAGUACAGUCAUUCAGCUCAUCAUGCACAUCGUAGACCCUGCCUACCCAAACGUCGCCUUGCCCCUGAAUCCUGAGAUCCCUAAAAGCUUUGCUGCACUGCCCGAGUUUUACAUUGAGGAUGUUGCAGAAUUUAUGCUUUUUAUUGUGCAGUAUUCUCCUCAGGUUCUUUAUGAGCCCUGCACUCAGGACAUCGCGACCUUCCUGGUGGUGUUCAUCUGCAGUCAGAACUACAUCAGAAACCCCUACCUGAUUGCCAAGCUGGUGGAGGUGUUGUUUGUUACUAACCCAGCAGUUCAGCCUCGCACCCAACGCUUCUUUGAGCUGAUCGAGAACCACCCGCUGUCAGUCAAUCAGCUCGUCCCCGCCCUCAUGAAGUUUUACACAGAUGUGGAACAUACAGGAGCCACUAGCGAGUUCUAUGACAAAUUCACCAUCCGUUACCAUAUCAGUACCAUUUUUAAGAGCCUUUGGCAAAACAUCGGUCAUCAUGGCACCUUCCUUGAGGAAUUCAACUCUGGGAAGCAAUUUGUGCGCUACAUUAACAUGUUAAUCAAUGACACAACGUUUCUGCUGGAUGAGAGCUUGGAGUCUCUGAAGCGCAUCCACGAGAUCCAGGAGGAGAUGAAGAACAAGGAGCAGUGGGAUCAGCUGCCCAGGGAGCAACAGCAGAGUCGCCAGUCCCAGCUGACUCAGGACGAGAGAGUGUCUCGCUCCUACCUGGCUUUAGCUACAGAAACUGUGGACAUGUUCCACAUUCUGACCAAGCAAGUCCAGAAACCUUUCCUCCGCCCUGAGCUGGGUCCGCGACUGGCUGCCAUGCUGAACUAUAAUCUCCAGCAGCUGUGUGGGCCUAAGUGUCGGGACCUGAAGGUAGAAAACCCAGAGAAAUACGGUUUUGAGCCCAAAAAGCUGUUGGACCAGCUUACUGAUAUCUACCUGCAGCUGGACUGUGCUCGCUUUGCUAAAGCCAUCGCUGAUGACCAGAGAUCAUAUAGUAGGGAGCUCUUCGAGGAAGUGAUUUCUAAAAUGAGGAAGGCAGGCAUCAAAUCCACCAUCGCCAUUGAGAAAUUUAAGCUGCUGUUGGAGAAGGUCGAGGAGAUAGUGGCUCGCAACUCUCAGUCUGAGAUGGACUACAGUGAUGCUCCAGAUGAGUUUAAAGAUCCUCUGAUGGACACUCUUAUGACCGAUCCUGUUCAACUGCCUUCUGGGAACAUUAUGGACAGAUCCAUCAUCCUGCGACAUCUUCUAAACUCCCCAACUGACCCCUUCAACAGACAGCCUCUCACUGAAAGCAUGCUGGAGUCAGUUCCAGAGCUGAAAGAACGCAUCCAAGCUUGGAUGAGGGAAAAGCAAGGAGGACGCUUUUCUCACUGAGCUACACUCGCCAUCAGUUGUUUUUGCUUCGCCAGAAAUCAAGUUGAAGCAGAUUGAAGAGAAAAAGACUUUUUUUUUUUUUUUUUUGGUUAUCCUUUUUUUCCCUUUUUCCAUCUUAAAAGGCUCUUGGUUCUAAAUUGAAGCAUAAUAAUAAAGAUUAGACUUUUAAAAGGUUUUGCUUAUGACUUUGUAUAUAUUACAUAUAUACCUAUAUUUAAUUGAGUGGAUGCACACCAAGACAUAGAGAAACUAGGUUUCAGAGCCAAACUCCAAGGAAAUUAAUUGUUCUAAAAAAAAAAAAAAAAAAAAUUAAUUGUUGCAAAUUCUUAAUUGGUCUACACAUUUUUUUUCUUUUAUUUUAAGUGAUUGUAUUUUGGCGUUAAGAAUGAGUUCUUGGUGGUUUUGACAGUAAGGGAGAAGGCAGGAAAUAUUGUGCUGAGUCACUCCGUUUUGAAUUACAUUGCUAGUCCACAACCAUGUGGCCCAUGGGCAUAGGCUAAAACACAUUGCUAUUAUGUAUCGGUCAUAAAACUGACAUACUGAGCCCUACCCGUUAACGUGUCCUGAUGGAAAAUUGAAAAAGAAAAAAAAAAGUUUGAAAUGAACAUACUGGGUUGGUUUUGAAAAAUAAAAAGAUAGAUAUUGACAUGAUAGAAGAAUAUCAGUGGAGUAUCAGUUGAUUACAGAAGUUGUAUUGCAAACAUUUCACAUUAAUAAUCAUCAAUAAUGCACAAACCUCCACCCAGGCACUUCAUUUAGCAUUUCUAUAGUGUUAAAGCUAAAACCUCAGAUGAGAACAGAGAAUGUGAAACAGUUUACAGCAUGAUCGUGAUGAAAACAAUGCCAGUACAUGCAAUGUCUUUAUUUUAUUUUAUUUUUAACUUACACGGUUUUAUACAAUGAAUUGAUUCAUCGUUUCUUGCUCUUCAUAUUAACUCUGGUUGAUGAGCUUCAUCGUGAAUUAAAUGAGUCAUUUUCACGUAAGGUUUAACUGCACAGGAAUCCACUUCCUUUGCUACAAACAUUUUUUGGACCCAGUACUUCAAACUGUAAUAAAUGGUAAUGCACACAUGCUGUUGUUAUUGCUGUUAUUGCUUUUUGUAUACAGAUAAUUUGGGGGGAAGAAGACCUUCAAAUGCAUAAAAAUAAAUGAAAAGGUGAUUUUCUGGAUUGAUUGUACUGGUGACUAACUGAUGGUGGAAUGCAGUCUUCUAAAGCAAAGUAAAAAUGAUUUUAAGUAACACUAUGCCUUUAUUACAUUAUAGGGGGGAGAGGGGUUGGUUGGAAGAUUACCAAUUGCUCUAAUCGGCAACAAGCUACAGAUAUAACACUUAUUCUGCGCUUGCUCUCAGUCCCUGUCUGCCUGCAAAGGAACCAAAACUUAAUUACAGCUCUGAAGAAUUUAUCAUUAAGCAGCCCCUCCAGGAUUUCGCAAUUUUACGAUCACAGAAAUGAAUGCAAAAUCAAGCAAACUCCGCAAAUAUUCAGAUUUUUCAGAAUUACCGCAGAUAUGGGUCAGAUGUGAUGUCAUCACAAAGCGCAUUCGGUCAAAUC